AUGGUAUUGAUUGUUUGGAAGGAAAGCAGCGGAUCUGUUCGUAACGUUGAGGAAAGCUUGGAAGGCAAGACUGGUUGCUUUCAAAAAGACAGUUUUGCGCCAGACCUAUCAAACUUUUUUUUCUCAGAACAUAUCCCAUUUUUCGAUAUACCGCGAUCUCCGGAAUUUGACCAUGAUCAAAACAAAUAG